CCCCCGUCGCAGCCGUCCCUGCCUUUGGCAACCACCCCGCCGCCACCCAUCGCCGUGCAGGCACCACCCCGCUCAGCCUUCGGUGGCGUCGCCCACGAGGCUGAUCCACCGCCAACAGCCCGCCACUGCCACCACCCGCCUCCGCGCCGUCUCGCCGUCUCCGUCUCCGCCGACCUUCUUCGUGGACGUGUCGGCAGAUGUAUGCCGCCUUCUUCCGGCACGAACUCGUCCAGCCCAUAGCCGUUGUAGGUCACCUCCCUGCUGACCUCAAGAGUGGGGUCCAGCUUGCCGACCAGGGCCAGCAGGAGCGUCGUCUUGCCGGACGACGGUGGGCCGAGAAGCAGCGUCAUCCUGGACGGGCGCACGACGCCGGAGCCGUCCUUGAGGAUGUGGAGCGUCUUCCUCUUGCCGAGCUUGACCCCGACGCGUCCCAGCAACGAUUCGGCCACGUCCAGCGAGACGUUCGCCAGCGUGGGCAGAGCGCGGGUGCCGACGUGGCACUCCGCCUGCACGUUGACGCCCCGGAACCUCACCUCCACCGUGGGGAUCUGGAUGUUGGCGCGGUCGAUGCGCGGGCGGAGCUUCCUGAGGAAGCGCUCGUUGUCCUCAUCGGUGACCCGUAACACGCGCUCCACAAAAGCCUGGCGCUGCGCGAGCCCCAUCGCGCGCACGUCCACCUCCUCGUGCGUGUGCCGGCGCCUCCGGCCGCGGUCGCUGGCGUUGCCGCCGUCGGAAGCGUCCGCCGGCCGCACGAGGCCCGUGCGCAGGCGCUCGAAGGACGGUAGUCGCUCCAUCAUGACCCACUGCAGCGCCUCCUCAUUGUCCACCUCAUCGGCGCCGCUGAGGCACCGCGACGACGCGCCCGAGAAGUAUGGGGGUGGCGUCGGGGCUCGCCAUGCCGUGCAGGCCUCAGCUCAGCGUCUACAUGCUUGUUGCGCCACCUCCGGGCCUCCGGGGUGGCCGUGCUCCCGGGCCUGACGGAGCUGGAGCUGGCGCCCGCGAGGCCGAGAUGGGGUUCGCGUUCCCGCCCAACCUCCGCGACGUCCUCGCCGCGGGCCUGUCGUCGAGGCUCGGGUUCCCGGACGGGCUGCGGUCCGCCUUCGACUUGCCCAUCACGGCGGCGUCGCUGCAGAUCGCGCAGGGCGCGCUAUGGCCGCGCUGCUGGGGCGCGCGCCCCGCGACCCAGAUCCGCGCGCUGCGGCUCCCUCUCCCACGCAUCGUGAUCGCCCCCGAGGCGGAGACCCCUGCUUUGACGGCGCUAAGGCCCUCCUGCUCAUCCUUGCCACCACCUAGACAUCACGCCUAAGCACCUCGGUAGCCGCCACACGUGCCUCGCCCUGCCACGGCGCUGCAGCCAGAGCCAGGCGCUCCUGCACAGAAUUUAGGGGAUGGAGGCCACUGGUGCAAGUGCCACUCACCACCACCAAGAUGGACGCUGAGGACAUGGAGGAUGUACAAGCCCCCACGGCCGUCCAGGUUGUCAAACCAGUUGAUUCCUUCAGUAGUAAGGGACGUUGAAGACACCCAGAUCAUACUAGCGACAGAAAAAAUAAUUACGAAUGAAGCAAGGUUCUUGUGUCAAUUCUCUUGAAGCAAGGUUCUUAUGUCAAUUCUCUAUGUACCUUAGCAGCAUUACAAACUAACAACUCAUAACAAUGUUUGUGUUAUGAAAUAUGGAAGUGAGCUUACUGU